CAAUGACUAAACAAGGAAGUUCCCCAACAAUAGAUUGAAACUUCAGAAUCUCCGAGGAAUUUCCACCCCGUUGUUGUCACUCACGGAUUGCUGUGUCUGGAUGUCGGAUCAUACAAUGAGCCGCGAGAUAAAGGGAGGAAGCCGCCGUUUCCUAUGACAUUACAGCAGAACGAAAGGAGGGACCCCUGAGUACUAACGCAACCUGAGUUGGCGUUGGUGUGAAUUACUGCUGAAGUACCGUCCUGAAGUGAGGUGAGCCGGUCAUCCUCCGUCCGCGAGUCAUGACUGCCAGCACAGCCGGCUACCUCUGGUCCCUGGAGGACAUCUUGGGGCAAGGAGCCACCGCCAGCGUCCACAAAGCCCGGAACAAGAAGACGGGGGAGCUGGUGGCUGUCAAGGUGUUUAACGUGGUCAGCUACAGCCGACCCUACGAGGUCCAGAUGAGAGAGUUCGAGAUGCUGCGCCGCCUCAACCAUGUCAACAUCGUCAAGCUCUUUACCGUCGAGGAGAUGCACAUGAACCCGAAGCAGAAGGUUCUGGUGAUGGAGUACUGUUCAGGAGGCAGUCUGCUGAACCAGCUGGAGGAACCGGAGAACGCCUUCGGCCUGCCCGAAGCAGAGUUCCUCAUCGUGCUGCAGUGUGUGGUCCAUGGGAUGAACCAUCUGCGGCAGAACGGGGUGGUCCACCGUGACAUCAAGCCCGGCAACAUCAUGCGGCAAGUGGGGGAGGAUGGACGCUCCAUCUACAAACUGACCGACUUUGGAGCGGCCCGGGAGCUGGAGGACGACGAGAAGUUCAUGUCCAUCUACGGCACCGAGGAGUACCUGCACCCAGACAUGUACGAGCGAGCGGUUCUGCGUAAACCCCAGCAGAAAACCUACGGCGUGUCCGUGGACCUGUGGAGCGUAGGCGUAACGUUCUACCACGCCGCCUGCGGUUCUCUGCCCUUCGUUCCCUAUGGGGGUCCACGCCGGAACAAGCAGACCAUGUAUAAGAUCACGACGGAAAAGCCGACAGGAGCCAUAGCCGGGCUGCAGCGGGUUUUGGACGGGCCCAUUGAGUGGAGCUACCAGCUGCCCCACCAGUGCCAGCUGUCCGAGGGUCUGAAGGGGCAGAUGGUGCCGGUGCUGGCGGGCAUCUUGGAGGCCAAUCAGGACAAGUGUUGGGGCUUUGACCAGUUUCUGGCCGCCACCACGGACAUUCUACACCGCGUCACCGUCCACCUCUUCUCCCUGCAACAGGCCACCGCACACACCAUCUACAUCCACUUCUACAACACGGCGUCCAUCUUCUGUGAGGAGGUGCAGGCCCAGAUGGGGAUGGAGGUGGACCUGCAGAGCUUCCUGUACCAGGGCCACCGCCUGCUCCUGGAGCCAGGCAUGAAGGUGGUCAACCUGCCCCCCACCACCCCCCAGAGACCCCUCUUCCUCUUCGGCCGACGCCCCAACAACACCAGGGAGCCCAGGCACCGAGAACCCGAGUCUCAGGUCAUCCCCACCAGGUUUGAUGUGAUGGCAGACUACAGCUUCAGCAAGACCAUGGUGGGAGUGAUCCAUCAGUACCUGAAACUGACCCGGUCCUUACACAUGACCCGGGACCUGAUGCUGCAGGGCUUCUACAGCUACAUGUCAAGAGCACACGUGGAUUGUGAGGCGGCCAUCCCAAAGAUCUCCAUCAUCACUGUCAAGCUUCAGAGCUGCCUCAACUUAGAGGACAAGAUCUACAGCCUGAGCCAGUCUCACAGUAACUUCACUGAGUGCUCGGACAACCAAAGGAGGCUAAGACAGGUCCAGGAGAACCUUCCGGUGUACGCUAACGGGAUUCGUGAGUUCCAGAACAAAGUGGAGCACUUACAGGUGGAGCUGGCCAAACACUCAGAGACUCUUGCUGAGGACAAGAAUGUCCAGAAGAUGGAGAUCCUCUUGGGGAAGAUUGUGUGUAUUCACCAGCAGUUUAGGAAGGACCGCUCCAUGGGCAAUCUGAGCUACAACGAUGAGCAGAUCCACAAGUUUGAGAAGAUCAACCUGUCCACUCACAUCAAGAAGGUCAAGUCCCUCUACAGGGACGACUGCAUGAAGAAGCUCCAGGACGUCCUGCUCUCUUCUGACUCCUGGACCAGUGUGCUGUUUGAGAUCCAGAGCCGACUCCAAGACUUCAGCACCUUCUUUAGGCAGCUCAUGGAGGACCUGCAGGUCUGUUACGAGGAACAGAAUAAGUGCCUGGAUGAAGCUCUUCAGCGAGUCCUGCAGAGUGCUUCCGGGUCAGAGGGCACGGGAAAAGACCACAUGAUCCUCAGGAUGAACCGUCUGAAAGAUGAGAUGGAGGUUCUGGCCAGAGAGCUUCAGUCGAAUAACAGGAUAAUUGAGAGUCUGGGAGCAGUGAAUUCUGGGAUAGUGCUACAGCCAGACGCAGCUCAACCCAAAGCUAUGUGA